AAAAAAAAAAAAGUGUGAGUAGGAAGGCAAGGGAAGUUGGAGUCGGCGCCCGAGCGUCUGAUGUCUCCGCCGACCAAUCAAAGCGUCGCUAUCAAUAGGCACCUCUUCUUUUCCCUUCCCCUUCUCCCCUCGUAAACAAAUCCCCCUCUUCCUCUCUUCUUCUCUCUCCUCCCUCCAUCAAACAUAUAUAUUUCUCUGCUAUUCGAUUCAAACUUUUUUUUUUUUUUUUUUUUAAUUUUAUUUUGUUUAAUUUAUUUAGCUUUUGGUACAAUUUAUAACAAAUACUUUUUUCAUUCUCUGCCUUUCUUAUAUUCUUUCCUUCAUCGUUCCCUUGGCUUCUUCCGUCAAUUUUUUGGUUCUACGGGAGAUGCCCUAAUUAUUUUCCUAUAAAUUCCUUUCUUCUAAUUUUAUUUCUGUCUUAAAGAUAUCCUUUUUAAUCCAACUUAUAUAAAUUACAACUUCAAUCAAAUUUUAUCUAAGUUAUGGGUAUGAUGGCUGUGGAACAAUUACCAGAUUUACAGCAGCAAUCUGCUUGUAACAACCGGUCUGAGGAUCUCGUUGACAAGAAGAAAAAGCGUCGAUCUAAUCGCCGUUCUAAGCAAAUUCCUGGGUCUGUUUGUAAUGAAGUCGCCGGACAUGCUUCUCAUGGCUUCCAUAACGAUACCUUGUCAACAACUAGUUCUUCGUCUAACCAACUUCCACUGAACAAUUCCUCCGAUUCUGCUUUUAAUAAUUCCUCCUCAACAAUGCAUUUACUUCAACCCGUACCAAAUCUCAACUCUGGUGUACAAGUUAUUUCAAGGUCUUUUCCUACUCAACAUACACAUCACCAUUCGGCUAGAUUGCAUGAUAAUGCUGAUUUUAUACCUCCUUACUUAGUUAAUGGUUGUUACAAACAAAACCACUUUGAUCCACACUUGUCAUUGGAUUUUGUUACGGAGGCAUUGCAGAGAGGCGAGGUUUUCCAAGCAAUACUACGUGUCAAUGCACAUAACAGACUCGAGGCUUAUUGCACAAUAGAAGGUGUCCCAACAGAUAUUUUUAUCAGUGGAAUCCCUAGGCAAAAUAGAGCUGUAGAAGGAGAUGUUGUUGCAGUUAAGGUUGAUUCUCCUCUAUUGUGGAGUAAGAUGAAAGGAUCAUCUGGUUCUGGGAGCAAUUUGUCUCAGGUAGACAAUCGUGAUUCUUCUGUUUAUGCUGAGAUCAAUCAGGACAGCUCCAAGGGAAAAACUUCACUGGAUGUGGAAUCUGGCCUUCAGCCUGUGACAAAUUGUUCACUUGUUGAGGAAAAUGGAUGUGGGUUGAACUAUAUUAACGUGGAUAGCUGUCAUUGCUCUGGCUUAGAUUCUUCACGUGAAUUUCGUCCUCGUGGAGAGAAUGAGGUUCUAAAUUCAGUUGAGAAAUUGUAUCAAGCUGUUGUUUCCUCCCCAUCUAAAAGACCAACUGGUAGGGUUGUGGCAAUUAUUGAACCCUCUUUUCGCAGAGAUGUUGUGGUGGGUGUUUUGAAAGCUAAUUGGUUGCUUCAUUCCAAGGAAGGUUACCAAAAAGAGAACUAUAAUAAGAACACAAAUUUGGUGCUUCCUUCCAAUUGCAAUUACAUCCAAUUAAUACCAACUGACCCAAAGUUGCCUAAAAUGAUUGUGCCUGUGGGAGCUUUGCCACCUAAUAUUAAGAAAAGGUUGGAUGCUGCAGAUGUGUCAGUGGAAAGAGAACUUGUUGCUGCUCGGAUAGAUAUUUGGCCAGAAGAAAGUUUACUUCCACAUGCGUGUGUCAUGCGUAGUUUUGGGCUAGGUGGGGAAGUGGAAUCACGGAUUGAGGCAGUUUUGUUUGAAAAUGCAAUUUGUACUUCUGAUUUUUCUGAAGAGUCUCUUUCCUGCCUGCCAAUUGAGUCAUGGCAAGUCCCACAGACAGAGCUGCAACAUCGAAAAGAUAUUAGAAACCUUUGUGUAUUUACCAUUGAUCCUUCCACGGCCACUGACCUUGAUGAUGCCCUCUCUGUUGAAAGGUUGUCAGAUGGAAACUUCAGGGUUGGGGUUCACAUUGCUGACAUGUCUUAUUUUGUUCAACCAGAUACACCCUUAGAUAUAGAAGCACAAGUUCGAUCUACUAGUGUUUAUAUGUUGCGGCGUAAAUUAUCCAUGCUACCUGCUUUGCUUUCGGAAAAUCUGGGUUCACUUAUUCCAGGAGUAGAUAGGCUCACUUUUUCUAUCUUCUGGGACUUGAAUGUUUCUGGCCAUGUCCUAGAUAGAUGGGUUGGUCGUACAGUGAUUAGGUCUUGUUGCAAGUUGUCUUAUGAGCAUGCACAGGACAUAAUUGAUGGUCGAAUCAGUGUUAACAGUGUGGAGAAUGGUGAAAACAGCUUUCCUCAGCUUUAUGGCCAUUUUACUUGGCUUGAUGUUUUUCAGUCUGUCGGAUAUCUUAAUGAGAUAUCUAAAGCUUUGAAGUUUAACAGAUUUGUUGAUGGUGCUCUGCGACUUGAUAAUGCCAAGGUUGUAUUCUUAAUGGAUGAAUUUGGAGUUCCAUACGAUAGCGUGCUUUGUGAGCGGAAAGAGUCCAAUUUUUUGGUAGAGGAGUUUAUGCUUUUGGCUAAUAGGACGGCUGCAGAAAUUAUUUCUAGAGCUUUUCCAGACAGCGCUUUGUUGCGGAGGCAUCCUGAGCCUAACAUGCGGAAACUUAAGGAAUUUGAAGUCUUUUUCAGCAAACAUGGUUUAGAAUUGGAUGCUUCUUCAUCUGGCAGCUUACAUAGAUCGCUGGAAAAGAUUAAAGAGAAGCUUAAGGAAGAUUCAAUAUUUUAUGAUAUAGUAAUAAAUUAUGCGACUAAGCCAAUGCAACUGGCAAAAUACUUCUGCACUGGAGAUGCAACAGUGCCCAAGGAUGGUUGGGGUCAUUUUGCACUGGCAGUUCCCCUCUACACUCAUUUCACUUCACCAUUGCGUCGAUAUCCUGAUAUAGUUGUCCAUCGGACAUUAAGCGCUGUUAUAGAGGCAGAGCAGAGGUAUUUGAAUUAUCAAAGCAAAGGAAAUAAACUCAGUCGGGCAGGGGAUGUUAGGUGCUUUACUGGGAUGAAUUUUGAUAAAACUGCUUUCCAAUCUGUUGAAGGCCAGCAGGCAUUAUCUGAUGCAGCACUAAAGCACAAGCUAUCAUGUAGGGAAACACUCACAGAUGUAGCCUCCUACUGCAAUCAGAAAAAAUUGGCAAGUCGUCAUGUCAAGGAUGCUGUUGAUAAACUGUAUAUGUGGGUGUUGCUGAGGAAUAAUGAGAUUUUGUUUUCAGAAGCUAGAGUUUUGGGAAUAGGUCCAAGGUUUAUGUCCAUAUAUGUGCAGAAGCUCGCGAUUGAGAGGCGUAUAUAUUACGAUGACGUUGAUGGCUUGAUAGCGGAAUGGCUUGAGGCUACAUCUACACUUGUUCUCAACUAUGUGCACCAUAAUAAUAAGCGCUUCCAACGGAGAGGUAACCAAUACAAGCCGCUGGAAGAAGUGGCCUUAGUUUGUAGUCCUUGCAACUUGGAACCAGAUUUUGAUGCUUUGCAAAAUGACAAUUCUGGCAAACCAUGCGAGCCUACAGAUUGUCUGAAAAAUUCUUGUCAGCCUGUAGUGAAAAUUGAUCCUGUUGUUUUCCCCCUCACAAUUCGUGUUCUGUCUACAAUCCCUGUUGCACUUCAUGCUGUUGGUGGAGAUGAUGGGCCUCUGGAUAUUGCUGCGAGGCUCUAUGUUACUUCGUAUUUCAGGUGACUUCACAAUUGUGAUUUAAAAAAUCUCUGAAAAUGGAGUUCUCUUUCAUGUGGGAAUGCUGGAUCUCUGUUUGUAGAUAGUGAAGUUGGUGUACAGUCAAACAUACGUGCAUUCAAUUUUAAGGACUCCGUAGUAGUUUCUUUCUGACCCGAACAUCUCGUCUGGUGUGAGGUGUACCAAUUAGAAGAAGGGUAUAUGCUCUGGCCAUUGGUAAUAGUGGCUAUUUUUAUUAUAAGCUGCUUUUGGGGGGAUCAGGUCCAUGAUGUAUUUUUUUUGAAGUCGGGCCAGUCAAACCCUUAGCAUAUACCCUCUUCUUUUUCCCUCACUUCUCUAGUUUUUAUUAUUCCUCUUCUUCUUCACUCUCACUCUUUUUUUUUUUGCUGCUGCUGUUGCCCAAUGUCUUUUAUAAAUUUUGGGUAGCUCAAAGCUGCACAGAUAAGAAAGGUUGCAGGAAGUAAUAUCUUCUACAGAAGCGACUUUUCCAGGGGUUAUUUUUUCUUACCAUAAUGCUUCAGUUGAUGAGGCAUAGUGUGCAUUUAACUUUGGACGUUGUUGUUUUCACAUAAGUACUCCCUCCAGCAAUCUGUAAUGGACGAAGGGAGCAGUUGAUUAAGUUUGUUUGCGUGGAAUAAUAUUUUGAUUUGACUGUUGUGAUCUUAAAUUAUUUGUACGGAGUAGUGUUUAAUGGAAAUCUUUUAAUGUUGAUUUCUGCGUCAUACUCCUAGUACUCUAGUAGGCAUGCUGUAUACAUAAAAUCUUAUGUCCAGCAACUUUGUGUUUGUGGUAUGAUCAAAUAAUUUUUCC